UCAAGCCACUAAUUUCCACAUUUCACACGAAAUAAAUCACUAUUCUAUUUUUCUCUGUUCCCACUUAAUAUAUAUAAAUAUUAUUUUCAUAUUCAUUUUCUAUCUGUUAUCAAAGGUUGCGUUUCAGGAUUGGGUGUGUGUAAGAAGCUCAGCUCCUCCAUUUUAAUAAAGAAAAAAAAGAAGUGGAAAAUACUGACUCCGAGCCAAAGCCAUGGCUUCUUCAACCAUCACCAACCCUUUGCUCUCUUCCAAUUUCUUCGGCACUAAAACCCUUCUCUCUCCUCCCACUCCUAAAACGUUCUCGACUAGAAAGUUUCUCAUUGCUAGAAACGUUCUCGACAAGAAACCCGAUUCGAAACCCUCCAAGAACUCCAUCCAAACCAAAGCCACUUUAGCCACUCUUCUGUUCUCUUCUCUUGCCCCACAAGCCCUAGCUUUGGACGCCCCAAACCCUCCUCCCCAAACCACCACGCCUCCGGUGCUCCAAGCCCGGCCGAGCCAAUCGGAGUCGUCGUCUUCGCCGUUCGGCCAAAACCUCCUCCUCACAGCCCCGAAACCCGAAUCCCGAAACGUUUCUGAUCUCCCGGAGGGAAGCCAAUGGCGGUACAGCGAGUUCCUCAGCGCCGUAAAAAAGGGCAAGGUCGAGAGGGUCAGAUUCAGCAAGGACGGUUCUGGCCUCCAGCUCACCGCCGUCGACGGCCGCCGCGCCACCGUCAUCGUCCCCAACGACCCUGACCUCAUCGACAUCCUGGCCAUGAACGGCGUCGACAUUUCCGUCUCGGAGGGCGACUCCGGCAAUGGCCUGUUCAAUUUCAUCGGCAAUUUGCUCUUCCCUUUCCUCGCCUUCGCCGGGCUCUUCUUCCUCUUCCGCCGGGCCCAGGGCGGGCCCGGUGGGCCGGGUGGGCUUGGUGGGCCGAUGGACUUCGGGAGGUCGAAAUCUAAGUUCCAGGAAGUUCCAGAAACCGGCGUAACUUUCGCGGACGUCGCCGGAGCUGACCAGGCCAAGCUUGAAUUACAAGAAGUGGUUGAUUUCUUGAAGAAUCCGGAUAAGUACACGGCUCUUGGAGCUAAAAUCCCCAAGGGUUGUCUUCUUGUGGGCCCGCCAGGUACCGGAAAGACUCUUUUGGCCCGGGCGGUGGCCGGAGAAGCCGGAGUGCCGUUCUUCUCGUGCGCGGCUUCGGAGUUUGUGGAGUUGUUUGUGGGAGUUGGGGCGUCGAGAGUGAGGGAUUUGUUCGAGAAGGCGAAGUCGAAAGCGCCGUGCAUUGUGUUCAUUGAUGAGAUUGAUGCCGUGGGGAGGCAGAGAGGGGCUGGUCUUGGAGGUGGGAAUGAUGAGAGAGAGCAGACUAUUAACCAGCUCUUGACGGAGAUGGAUGGGUUUUCGGGGAAUUCGGGUGUCAUUGUGUUGGCCGCCACUAACAGGCCUGAUGUUCUUGAUUCCGCGCUGCUGCGGCCGGGGAGGUUCGACCGUCAGGUUACUGUGGACAGGCCUGAUGUUGCUGGUAGAGUUAAGAUCCUUCAGGUGCACUCAAGAGGAAAAGCACUUGCAAAAGAUGUGGACUUUGAGAAGAUUGCGAGGAGAACACCAGGUUUCACUGGAGCUGAUUUGCAGAACCUGAUGAAUGAAGCUGCCAUUCUUGCUGCGAGGCGUGAUCUUAAGGAAAUAAGCAAAGAUGAGAUAUCCGAUGCUCUGGAGCGUAUAAUUGCUGGACCGGAGAAGAAAAAUGCCGUCGUCUCCGAGGAGAAGAAGAAAUUAGUUGCCUACCAUGAGGCUGGGCACGCUUUGGUUGGUGCAUUGAUGCCAGAAUAUGAUCCUGUGGCAAAGAUAUCCAUCAUUCCGAGAGGGCAAGCUGGUGGUCUUACCUUCUUUGCUCCAAGUGAAGAGAGGCUCGAGUCUGGAUUAUACAGCAGAAGCUACCUGGAGAAUCAGAUGGCAGUGGCCCUUGGUGGAAGGGUUGCUGAGGAGGUGAUUUUCGGCGAGGACAAUGUGACGACAGGGGCAUCAAACGACUUCAUGCAAGUUUCACGGGUGGCGAGGCAGAUGGUUGAAAGAUUUGGGUUCAGCAAAAAGAUUGGACAAGUUGCUAUUGGAGGUCCUGGAGGAAAUCCCUUUUUGGGUCAGCAGAUGUCAUCCCAGAAAGACUACUCAAUGGCAACGGCCGAUGUUGUGGAUGCAGAGGUCAGGGAGCUGGUAGAAACAGCAUACUCACGGGCCAAGCAGAUCCUCACAACCCACAUCGAUAUCCUUCACAAACUUGCUCUACUUCUCAUAGAGAAAGAAACCGUUGAUGGGGAAGAAUUCAUGAGCCUCUUCAUUGAUGGAAAAGCUGAGCUAUAUGUCUCGUGAUUUCAUGAUUGUAUCUUAUUGUGCUGAUGCAUGUAGUGAAAUCAUGUUUGUAUUAUAAGUAUCAUAACACAUGUACACGUCAAGAACCAAUUAAUUAUUUCAUGAAAUUCAUUCAAAUUGAAGAAAAAAAAAUAGCAUGAAGUUGAUGCACAAUAAACAAGUGUCUUCUCCCUAUGAUACAUCUUCGUCAACGCCACAAAUUCCCCCAAUGAUACGCGAUACCUAACAUUUCCUAUGGUACAGGAACCCCACUUUUUUUUUUUUUUUU